UCAUGCAAAGGAUAAACAAUGUAGGUUUAACAGAAAGGAGGCGUCUGAUGUCUACGUAUAUUAUUUUCUUCACUGAAGAACACAAGGCUCAACACAAACGCGAUCUACUGAGAAGAUGGCAAUGACGCUGUUCGUCGUGGCUCUGCUUUCUGUUUUCACGGCGUCUGUCGUCUCUGGAUUCAAGCCGUUCGACUGUUCUGAAAUCUACAAAUCAGGAAAAACUCUCAAUGGGAUUUACUCCAUCUAUCCAGCCGGUGACAUUCCUGCCUCAGUUUACUGUCAGAUGAUUUCACGUGGGAAAGUUCAAGAGAAUGGAGGAUGGACGGUGUUUCAGAGACGAAUGGACGGCAGUGUUAACUUCUAUCGGCCGUGGGAAGAGUACAAGAGAGGAUUUGGGAAUGUGGAGGGCGAAUACUGGCUGGGGUUGGAGAACCUCUACCAGUUGACACGCCACAAGAAGUUCAUGCUGAGAGUGGAUCUGGAGGACUUUACUGGAAGGAAAGGUUUCGCUCAGUACUCGUCCUUCUCUGUGGGUUCUGAAGCUGAAGGUUAUAAACUGCAGGUUUCUGGAUUCAGUAAUGGAGGAGCAGGAAACUCACUGAUGUUCCACAAUGGAAUGAAGUUCAGCACCUAUGACAAGGACCAAGACAACACUGAAAAGAACUGCGCCAGAGUAUAUCUCGGAGGAUUUUGGUAUAAUGCCUGUCACUAUGCAAACCCCAAUGGUGUGUACUUAGGGGGAGAAGACAACACCGUGUUUGCCAAUGGAAACGUUUGGUUCACCUGGAAGAACAAUAAUGAUAUUGGUAUGAAAUUCAUCACCAUGAAGAUCAAACCUGUGUUUUAAAUGUUUGCAGAAACAAAUAUAAAACCAAACAAUGAAAUUAAGGCUUAACUAUUUACUUUCCUCUGUCUGCUUAGUUUGUUAACAGUGUUUUUUUGUAUUGGGUCAUUUAUGAAAUUUUCAACAAAUCAUUAAUACAUUUUAAUAAACUCCUGCAAUGAAAGGCA